CACAGUAAGAAAACGAUGCGGCUUAUUUAUAAUGAAUAAAGCAGCAAAACCUGGCAACCCGCUAGGUAAACUUCUGCCUUUAGUGAGAAUGAAACCGCUUUACCUGGACUCAUUUACUCAGAACCACUAAAGAAGAAACAAGGCGACACUUCUGCAGGUUUUUAUUUUUUUUUCACCACUAAAGAAGGAGAAAGCUCACAAUGACUGGCCAUACGUGGGGUUAUGGUGAAGAAGAUGGUCCAUCUGCAUGGUACAAAUCGUACCCCAUCGCUCAAGGUGCUCGCCAGUCCCCAAUUAACAUUGUACCUGAAGAGGCAGUUUAUGACAGCCGCCUGCCAGGCAUCUCGCUCAACUAUGACAACUGCACUUCUCUUACCAUAUCCAACAACGGGCACUCUGUGGUGGUGGAGUUCGAGGAUAUGGAUGAUCGAUCAGUGAUCCAAGGAGGCCCACUUGAAAAUGCAUACAGGCUCAAGCAGUUCCACUUUCACUGGGGAGGAAAAGACUGCGAUGGUUCUGAACACACUGUCAGUGGGAAGACCUACGUGUCUGAGCUGCAUCUGGUGCAUUGGAAUGCUGUGCGCUAUCGCACGUUUGGUGAAGCUGCUGCAGCUCCUGAUGGCUUGGCUGUGCUGGGCAUCUUUUUAGAGAAAGGAGAUGAACAUAGAGACCUACACACUAUAACAGAUGCAUUGUAUAUGGUCAAAUUCAAGGGAAACAUCGCAAAUUUCAAAGGUUUCAACCCAAAGUGCCUCCUACCUUCAAGUCUAAAGUACUGGACGUACCUGGGAUCUUUAACCACUCCUCCACUGUAUGAAAGCGUCAUUUGGAUUGUUCUAGCUGAACCUAUUAGAGUCUCUGAUAAACAGAUGGGAAAGUUCCGAAUGUUGCACUUCAGUGCUGAAGAGGAGGAACAGAGGCACCGAAUGGAGAACAACUUUCGCCCUCCACAGCCCCUGAAGGGCAGGACGGUCCGUGCCUCGUUCAAGUAGCCCACCAGUCACCAUAAGCAUAAUUUAGCAUCUUUUUGCAGCCUGGAAGUCUAGAUACUGUUUUUCUUUAUCUGAAGUCAGGCACAUUUGGUAACUCAGGUUUCAAAGUACUAUAGUGGAAGCACAGGAAACGCAUCAUUUGCUGCGUAGACAUAUAUAUCAUGUUGGAGCCUGACAAGAAAUACAAAUCAUGUCAAGCUGAUUAUAGAUUAGAUCUCAGCUAAAGAUGCAAAAAUAUUACCAGGUGUUAUCAACCUUAUUUUGUUUUCAUAUCAAAUAGAGGAAUUAUACAGUAGGAUAGUACAGGAACGAUUCUUUCACUGAAGUCCUUCCUGAAAACACUAAGUGCCUGAGCCAUUUUACACAUCCUCUGUAAUCUCUCAUGAUCAGGCUUGUUCUGAGCGAUCCAACCUAAGGUACAUACCGUGACUCAGAGACCGCAUGACCCAGGACAAGCCUUCUGUUUUUCCACAUCAUUUGGAUAGUAACCAGCCUCUGGCAAGCCACACUUAAAAUCUAUACCACUUAUUAUCCUGAUGCAUUACAAUAUACUCCAUAGAUUUCCUAGCAUCAUAACCUAGCAAAAUAUCCCACAACUUGUUACUAUAUCUUUUUGUGUUUUUCCAUGUAAUGCAUUUUGCUAAGUUAGUGCAAUUUUGACCUUUUAUACGCUCUCUUUCUCCUUAUGAUUCUCUCUGGUGAUGAUUUAUAAUGUCCCAUCUUGGCUUGGUUUUAACCUCAUUCAUCAACAAGUUACUGAAAUGCUACUAAUACUUACAGGCUUAUAAGUAGAUCUAUAACUUUUAGGCUUAUAACUUUUGUAAAAUAAAAUUUGUAGAAUAUUCUUCUAUUUACCUUGGAAUUAAGCUUGCUGAUGCCAUUUCUCAAGAACACUAACUCCUGACAGCACUAUUCAAUGUUUGACAUUGGACUAUGACCUAAAAAUAAUCAAAGGCAACCUUUCUUUGAAAACAAUUUAAAGUCUGUUUUGGCAGAGAUGCUGCUGUCACACAUACUGCUUUUAGGUGUGGGGUUGUUUGAAAUCCAAACCAGCUACUUAAUAUGGUUGUAAACCUACAUGAACCUGGAAUACCUUUAAUAGACUUGAAUUUGAAUCAAAUUUGCAUCAGUGGUGCAUGCUGGCACAGUUAUUCAACACAUUCUUCUCGAGGAGCUCUCUGGCUGAUUUACCAUUGUUACAGCUUAUACAGCUUACAGCUGGGUCGUAUUGUAUGAAAUGGAUGAUAAAAGCCUACUCACACCCUAAAAAAGAGAGAGGAUCCAUUUUACAUGUACAGGUAUAACUCUUAAAGGAUGAGCACAACAGAGAGUUAUGGCAGCUUUGUAUUCUUUAUUGUCUUGGUAGCAGACAUAUGCUUUCUUGGCUUACAGAUUUAUAUAGUUUGUUGCAUGUAUUUGUGUAGUCUUAAUGGUUUACAAAGAGCUAUGUAAUUAAAUUACUUAUGUGAUUAGAAUUAAUGGAUGACUUUACCUUUUAAGUUAAAUUAGCUAUUUAUUGUCAUUUUUUUAUUCAACAUAUGAGGUUUAUGAUUAUGUUAAUUACCGUAAAUGUUGUAAUUAAAUAAUGUAUAUAAAUAAUGUUAAAACAAUUACAUUUUCACAGUUUUUUCUUUUGUGUUUGCUUCAUUAGUUGCUUAAGAGGGGUACCAUUCUCUGGUCUCAGUUACUUAUGGUCUGGUCAUUUAAGAUGAGUGUCUGAUGUUUCACUGAGGAUGUCCAUGUGUCCAGUUACAGUACCUUGAAUCCUCAAGCCAUGAUUACAUCAAUACUGAAAAAGACACUGUUAAAGUUACUGUGAAAAUUUUUUCUCAGUUUUUGUUGAAUAAUAUUCUGGCUUCUCA